CCGGUCCACUUCCUGCUUGUUUUAAAGUCAGCCUCAAAUAUUGAUACCUACUCAGUCUUUUUCUUUCAAUUUACUGUUUUUUUUUUACGAAGAAAGUACAUAUAUCUUUAAUAAAUGAUAUUCAAUCCCGGGCUCGUGAAGGGUUUUGUGCGACAAUUGAGUACUUCUCCUGCAAAAGCAGUUUUCCAUUAUGAAGCACCACUAAAAACGGCAGUAGCUAAUAUCAAAAGGUUUUCCGUUGGCUCCUUAGGAUUAACGUACAUGAUGACCCCGUUAAUGCUGCUUUUGGAUGCAAAUGGCAUCGGAUUUGGCACACGGCUUAUUAUGAUAUCUACAGCUUGCGCAGCCUCAACAAUAUCAACGGGAUUAAUCCACUGGGCAGGAAAAUCAUAUGUAACGGAAGGGACACUAAAGGAAAAUUUAGUUACUUUCACUACUCUGAAUUUACUAGGAAGAAGAAAGGAAUGGAAGUACAAUGUUGAAGAACUACAGACUCCUGACGCUGCUACCAGUCGCCCAUUCACAAAUAUUGAAACCAAAAAACAUCCGAAAAAGUAUUUUUAUGUUCAUCAAGAGAUAGCUAAAAACAUUUUUGAAGCCAUUGAAAAGAAAGAACAUGAUAAUUAGUACCACAAUCAUAUUGUUUAAGGCACGACCAAAGUCUAUUAAUUGAAUAAAUUAAACGAAGGAUAAACCAAGG